AUGUUCACGUAUGACAGCAGUGUGGAGCUUCCUAACUCUGUUGACUGGAGGACAAAGGGAUACGUGACAAGACCCUGCCCUUCCCAAAAUCCUGGCUACGCCACUGUUUCCAGUUGGGCUUUCAGUGUUACUGGAUCUAUCGAGGGGCAGCAUUGUCGUAAAACUGGAAUUCUGAUUUCUCUCAGUGAGCAAAAUCUUAUCGAUUGCUCAAAAGAUAACGCAGGAUGCAUUGGUGGGUACGAGGAUAGAGCUUUUGAUUUUGUAGUGAAGAAUAAUGGUAUCGACACCAAGGCAAGCUACCCCUACACGGCUCAGGAAGGUGUUUGUCAUUUUAAUCAAAGUCAUGUCGGUGCCAAUAUCAAUGGUUAUGUGAAUAUCACUUCAAAGGAUGAGAAUGCCUUACAGCAAGCCGUUGCAACUAUAGGACUAAUCACAGCCACCAUUAAUGGCAGUCGUCUAAGUUUCCAGCUUUAUCACAGUGGGGUAUACUACGAGCCAGACUGCUCUGAUCUAGGUCUUGAUCGGAGUGUUCUAGUUGUCGGCUAUGGAAGUGAGAAAGGCCAGGAUUAUUGGCUGGUGAAGAAUAGUUGGGGCACCCACUGGGGGGAGGAGGGAUACAUAAAGAUGGCCAGGAACAGAGAUAACAACUGCGGAAUCGCUACACAACCUAGAUAUCCCACAGUCUAAUUAGUUGCCGCAACUUGUUAGACUUGUACAUUGUUUCUUCCAUUGAUUUCAGAGAAUGUGUCUAUAGUGAGUAUAUUGGAUGUAUAGGGAAACAAUUUAGCUAGACCA